AUGAAUUAAAUAGAAUAAACAGGUAAAAAGAGUAUUAUCAAAAAUUCGGAACCCAUCCAAAUCUCACACUAUCAAAUAGAUAAGAAGAAAUUCUAUGGCAAAGGACAAUAUGGAGCUGUUUAUGGUUGCUCAGACAUUUAGAAUCCAGACUUGUAACUGUGUGCCAAGGUCUUGAAAGUAGAAGAUGUCGAUUAGUUAAUCCUGAAAAGAGAAGUCGAAAUAAUAUAAAUGCUCAUGCCAAUCCAAAGAGAAAACCAGAACCUGAUCCAAGUAUUUGAGGUGUUCAAUGAAAAAUCACAUGGCAGCAUCUACAUCAUCAUGGAACUUUGCAAAGAAGGAGAUCUCAAAUAACUUCUGGAUAAACGAAAGAAGAAAAACCAACCCUUCACCAUAGACGAAGCAAUCAACAUAGUCGCACAAAUUGCCAAUGGAUAUAAGACACUUUAUAAAUCCCGCAUUAUACACAGAGAUAUUAAACCAGCCAACAUUCUUAUUUAAAAUGGAGUAUUCAAAAUUGCCGAUUUGGGCAUGGGAAGAGUAAUUGAGGACAUGAAUUAUGCUCAAAACUUUACUAAAGUAGGCACUCCAGCCUAUGCAGCUCCUUAAUUAUUUUUAGAAUCAAAGUUCUCUUCCAAAGCUGAUGUCUACUCAUUAGGUGUCAUAUUUUAUCAACUGAUCUAUGGGUAAUUACCUAUAUAGGCCAACACUUAACCAGAACUAUUGUAAAAGUUAAGGAAUCUCAAAGCAACACCAAAAUAGUGUGACGAGUAAUGUCCUACAGGAAUUGUGCCAUAAAAUGUGAGACAAUUAAUCCAGUAGAUGCUCUAUUAUGAUGAACAUGAGAGAUGCUCCUGGAUGGAUGUGUUCUAAUCUGAUAUCUUGAGAUAGAUACUAUCUGAAACCAAUUAGACAUAGACCCCCACUAAAACCACUUAGGUUUUCCACUAACAAAAAUCUGGACCUACCAAUUACUAAUAAUACUACAGAGUCAACGAUAUAUCCGAUAACAAAAUUCUUCAUAUGAUUCGUAUUUUGACCAACAAAAGUGAUUUUGCCAAAAAGUGUCAUAAACAUUUGCAGGACUAAAAGUCUUUGCAAACUGCCUUCAACUUGAAAACAGGAGAAUUAAUAUUGCUCUCUUUAUGUAUCUCAGGAUAUCGAUACAAGUUAAUUCAAAAUAUCUUAGGAUUACUACUUAAUUAAUUCCAUCAAUUGAUUCCUCAAUUAUAGGCAAUUAUCACUCCAGAAGAAUUAAAAGAGAAUUUCAAAAUUAACGAUUCGAUUUCUAAGCGUUUGAAGGAAUACAUACAAAAAACACUCAAUGCAUCCAUUCUUUAAUUCAGGGAAGACGAAUGUAAAUUCUUUAAUUCCUGUUUCUAAAUUAACCAGCUUUAAGUCCAGGAAAUGAAGAAGGUUCUUGAAUAGGAUGACGACACAAAUUACUUAUUCUUUGCUCAAUCGUUCUAAUUCUUUUUUACUUCUUUCGAAAACUCCUUUACUUAAAAUAUCAAUGAACCAAAUAAUUAAGAAUUAUUGAGCUUACUAAAGAGUAUGAUUAAUUUAGAAACUGAUUUUUCGAUAAUGGAAUCCUUGAACAAAUGUCCCUCCAAAAUUUUGUAAGAAACAAAUAAAUUUAGUUGAUUCAUUAAAGUAUAUUCAAAUUAAUGGAUUUAUAUUUAA